AUGGCCCGCGUUCUGCAGCUACCAUGGACAUCACCAGAAAGACCUGCGCUGGAGUUCUUGGAUCUCCUACCAACAGUCUUUGACUUUUUGAGGCAUGCAGCCGUGCUGCGAGGCGUUGUACUCUUCGUGGAUGGCUACGCAAAGGUCUCAGAGCGAAGUGGCGAAGCGCCCAAAGGUGGCUCGAAGCGUCACGGAGGCCUGGCCAUUGGUGCAGUUUUAGCGCUCGUGGCGGAGAGUUACCACCUGGACAUCUACAGCGCAUUGUCCUACGUGAGUUCACAGCUACUAGUCGCAGCACUUCGGCCAGAUGUGGUUCGGGCAUUAGCAAGCUGGCAGGAAGACCCGGGGAAGCAGCUGCGAGAACUCAUCCAAUUGCGUUUGGCGCAAGAGAACAAGGCACUACUAGGUGCAAAGGGAGACGAAGGAGACAGUUCAUCACUGCAAGUGGUUUUCAAUGGCCAGCUUCUAUCCAGCGAGGAUGAUGAAAAACCAUUGGGUCAGAUGGGUGUCAGGAAUGGUUCAGUCUUCUGCUGCCUUGUCUCGUUUACUUCCCACACUGUGUUCGAGCAGCAGAUGUGCUGCUUCCCGCACCACUGUUCUGUGGAUGGUGGUCGCGUGGUACAUGUUCUUGGAGAAAAGUUUCCCAACAGUUCCCGGACGUCAUGCCGUUUUGGACGGAUUGUGACUGGCGCCACCAUUGAAGAUGAUGGCACCGAGGGUGGAAUAUCACAGCUCCGUUGCGUUGCUCCACCACAUCCAGCUGGUCCUGUGACCAUCAGUGUAUCCUUCGAUGGGGGCAUCACGUGGUUGGAAGGUCCGACCUUUUGGUACUAUGACCCUCUGGUGUGUUCCGGCACCUAUGGUGUUUGUGUGCCCGCUGAUUGUGGUGCUGGAGCCAUGCCCGUCGCGCUAGAGCAGGUUAUUUUGUGA